AUGGGAAAUUUCUGCACAAUCAUUUUAAUCCGGCUGAGUCCCCAGCUUCACACCCCCAUGUACCUCUUUCUUAGUCAUUUGGCUUUUGUUGAUUUUUGGUAUUCUACAGGUGCUACACCUAACAUGCUCGCAAAUUUUUUAGAGGAAGAAAAUAUCAUCACUUAUUCUGGCUGUAUUACCCAGCUGUGUUCUCUGGUGACCUUUGGGGCCACAGAGUCCUUCUUGCUCACAUCCAUGGCAUAUGACCGGUACAUGGCCAUUUGUAACCCUUUGCUUUACUCUGUGAAAAUGUCUGACCAGGUUUGCCUUCUGCUUAUAGUGAUUUCCUAUAUAGGUGGUUGUCUGAAUGGGGUAACUUAUACUGGCUGCUUACUGAAUUUAUCCUUCUGUGGACCCAAUGUAAUCGAUCACUUUUUCUGUGACUUCUCUCCAUUGGUUAAGCUUUCCUGUUAUCAUGUUUUUGCAGCAGAAAUACUCCCUGCUAUUUAUUCAGCAGUAAUAAUAUCUAUAGCUCUUGUUACCAUUGUCAUCUCCUAUCUAUAUAUCUUCUUUACCAUUCUCAGUAUGAACUCAACAGAAGGAAGACACAAAGCCUUCUCCACCUGCACCUCUCACCUCACUGCAGUCACUCUGUUUUAUGGGACCAUUAUCUUUAUUUAUGUAAUGCCUACAUCCAGCUACUCUACAGAUCAGAACAAAGUGGUAUCCAUUUUCUAUAUUGUGGUGAUCCAAUGUUGA